UCCAUCGCGGAAAAUGAUUCUGCUCUCUCUGCCACCUUAUCCGGACGCUCUUAAAGGUUUUAAUUUUUCUGCGUUGGAGCCGAUUGUUGAUUUCUUUCCAAUUUACUCGUUCAACUAUGGUUUCCACUCCUUGCCAGUUGUGAAGCAAAAUUCUCCCCUGUUCGACCAGAAACACAUAGUGGAGUCAAUUGUGGCGAAACAAGGAUCGUAUUCAAAACUCAUCAUCGGAGUUUCAUCUGACAUAGAAUAUUUUGUUCUUAGCGACAAAAAGAAUAAUAAAGUCGGCGCUCCGCAAAAGAUGUGGAAGGGCGGGUGGAUGCCACUUGCUGAGGGGUGCAAGCGAAUAAGAAAUGGAUCUUAUUUAAUAGUUCGAGACCCAUAUGCGUCAAACUACGCUACUCUCAACACUGAAUGGUUUAGCUUUGAAGAUUACGCAUCGAUGGAAAGAAAGGCAGACUUCGUGAAACGUAACAAUAUAGCAGGGAUGUGGAUUAAGUAUGCAGUGUGUGAUGACUACAACGGCGACUGUGGAUGCGGUAUAAGACCAUUUACGAGAAUGGUAGCAGAAUUACUCAGAGCUGAGGGUGGUUGCACGUACGUCCCUUGCCCCUAG